GUAGAAACAAAGCCUGAAACUCAUUUGCACAGAAGAAUGUACAUCUUGGUGAUAUUUGCUUUCCUAGGAGAAAUUUCAGGUGAAACUUACUUUUAUUGUCAAGAAAAAGGAAAUCUUACACUUUCAUGUAGUAAAUCAGCUGCAAAUGACAGUAAGAAAAGAGUCUGGUAUGUAGCUGAAAAUUCUCUGGAAAAAUUCUGUUUAAUCAACUGUUCUUCUGAGAUCACAGCUGAAUGUAGCUCAGAAGAUACACAACGCGAUUGGGACCUGAAGUGUGUCUCAGAUCAACUGUCAUUUUUUUCUUUGCAAAGAGGAGGAGUAUUUGCCUGUGGAGCAAUUCUAGAUGAGAAAGAAUCAAAGACUCGCCCACUUUUUAGCAACGUGGCCCACUGCCGACAUUACAACUUUUUUAUGGUAGUCAUAAUUAACCAAACAACAGAAAACAAUGUCUUUGUGAAUGGUACUGCAAAAUUAGAGACUGAUCUUACAAUAGAAGAAGGGAAGAACAUCACACUCUUUUGUGGAUUUCAGAUGAGAAAGCCAGGACAAGUGUUUGUCAUGUAUUGGAUCAAAUCUACUGACAGAAGUGAAUGCCUGUUUUCUGUUUCUUAUACUGGUCCUUUGUCUUAUAAUACACACUGCUGUGUUGAUGAGAAGAUCAAGAACUGGGUACUGAACAAUACAGUUUUAGAUGAAAAACACGUGGUAAAUAAUCUGACCAUCCUGAACGUUACUUAUUCUGAUAAUGGGACAUAUUUAUGUGUUGUAAAUGCCUGGUCAGAAGGUAAACAUGUAUGGAGGAUUGCAAGUAAAGUGUAUCUACAAGGGAGAAAAACACCUACCCCAUCCUCUUAUUACAUGCCAGUGUAUGCUACAACUGGAGUGAUAGUAGGGAUUAUUUUCGUCAUUGGAUUAGCCUGUUUGAUCUCUAAGAAGAAAAUCAAAUUACAAGGCACACCAUCUGCACACCAUGCAAGAGAUCAGGGUGCUAGUGAAGUGCCAGGAGAUGAAUGUUCCCCCUAUGCAAUGAGUUGCAGUAAUGACAUGCAAUGCAAUGAAAUGCCUUAUUCACUUGUAACAAGUUCAUUUGAGGGGCCAAAUGGAGCCUCCACUAUGACAAAUAGCAGCACAGCUUCUGACACAGUGCCAGCCAAUGAAAUACACACUGUCUAUGCACUGGCGAAUAAAUAG